ACGCUCACUCGCGGUGAACAUAAUUUCACGUUUGGUCCUCGUGCCGCUCGACGGAUAACUUGAGUAGCGGUCGGCUUCUUCCCCUCCCACUCUUCUACUGCUUUCUUAUCCCUCUCUCCAAGGGGUGGCCUGAGAUCACGCACAAAAAAUGGGGAAGGCUGUUGCUGUUCUUGGCGGCACUGAGGAUAUCACAGGCACUGUGUAUUUCAUCCAGGAAGGACAUGGUCCUACUAAGGUAAUUGCAAACAUCUCUGGGCUCAAGCCAGGGCUUCAUGGAUUCCAUGUUCACGCUCUUGGUGACACCACCAAUGGUUGCAUGUCCACUGGGCCACAUUUUAAUCCUGCUGGAAAGGAACAUGGGGCACCUGAAGAUGAGAACCGCCAUGCCGGUGAUCUUGGAAAUGUGACUGCUGGCGAAGAUGGUACUGUUAAUUUUAGCAUUAUUGACAAGCAGAUUCCUCUUAGUGGACCAAAUUCUAUUAUUGGAAGGGCUGUUGUUGUCCAUGCCGAUCCUGAUGACCUUGGAAAGGGUGGACAUGAGCUUAGCAAAAGCACUGGAAAUGCUGGUGGAAGAGUUGCCUGUGGCAUCAUUGGACUGCAAGGCCAUUUGUGAGAGGGGUCCAUGUCCUGCAAAACAAUGGCAUGUUUCCUUUUCUAUGUUCCUUGAUGGGAAAACAGUGGCAUGACCAUGUUGAAAUUAGAGAACUUGCGGUUUUCUGGUCAGCACGCAAUAGCAUUUCUAUGAGAAGAACUUAUAUUUGUAUACCAUAGCUAAGGUUUAAUCAUUAAAUAAAGAAACAAGGAACUAAGUAAAUAUCGGAGGCAAAUUAUUCCAUUAUUACAAUACAAACUUCCUGAGCUUCGUCUAUCUAGCCUGUCAUGCUCUUGUAAGAGGUGCUCAUUACUCCCUAUUUUGUUAUAAGACAAGACAUGGCCCUAACUGAAAGUGAGAGUGCAUUAUCAUAUGGACAUUACUGUCAUUAGUGUUUCCUUCAAUGAGAUUGCACCUGUUCAUGCUUUCUCUUCCA